AAGAGAGGCAGAAAGGGCGUGUUUCUGGCGCUGCUUUUCCCCUCCCCUUUCUCAGGUCUCUCGCUCCGGCUCUGCGCUCUCUCCGGCUGCAGCUUUCUCCGGGCGAGGCUGGGAAUUGGGUGGGAUUGCACGAAGCAGCCCCGCCGCCGCCGCCGCUAGCAGAGCCCGGCUUGCAGGGGGCGGAGGUUCUCCUCCGUCAGUAGCGCCGGGCGCCCCUCGCCUGGUCGGGCUCUCCGCCUAGCUCUCCCCGACGUCCAGCUGGGAGGAGCCGGCAGCAUCGGGAGCCUCCAGCCCCGGGCGCCGCGGUCUGUGCCCCGCGCCUGCAGCCCCGGGUCGGGCCCCGGUUGGGCGCCCCCUCUCCUCCCCCUCCGGCGCGGGGACCCGGCCGGCUUCCGCCCUCCCCGGGCUGUGAGAGUGGCCCCGGCUGCCCAUAGCUCCAGCCAUGGGCUCGGGACGCGUGCCCGGGCUCUGCUUGUUCGUCCUGCUGGUCCACGCCCGCGCCGCCCAGCACAGCAAAGCCGCGCAAGAUGUGGACGAGUGUGUGGAGGGCACUGACAACUGCCACAUCGAUGCUAUCUGCCAGAACACCCCAAGGUCAUACAAGUGCAUCUGCAAGUCUGGCUACACCGGGGAUGGCAAACACUGCAAAGAUGUGGAUGAGUGUGAGCGAGAGGAUAAUGCAGGUUGUGUGCAUGACUGUGUCAACAUCCCUGGCAAUUACAGAUGUACCUGCUAUGAUGGAUUCCACCUGGCACAUGAUGGACACAACUGUCUAGAUGUGGAUGAGUGUGCCGAGGGCAAUGGUGGCUGUCAGCAGAGCUGUGUCAACAUGAUGGGCAGCUAUGAGUGCCACUGCCGGGAAGGCUUCUUCCUCAGCGACAACCAGCAUACCUGCAUCCAACGGCCAGAAGAAGGAAUGAAUUGCAUGAACAAGAACCAUGGCUGUGCCCACAUUUGCCGAGAAACACCCAAAGGGGGUAUUGCCUGUGAAUGCCGCCCUGGCUUUGAGCUCACCAAAAACCAACGGGACUGUAAAUUGACAUGCAACUAUGGUAAUGGUGGCUGCCAGCACACAUGUGAUGACACAGAGCAGGGUCCCCGGUGCGGCUGUCAUGUCAAGUUUGUGCUCCAUACCGACGGGAAGACAUGCAUCGGGGAAAGGCGGCUAGAGCAGCACAUCCCCACUCAGGCCGUUUCUAAUGAAACCUGUGCUGUCAACAACGGGGGAUGCGACAGUAAGUGCCAUGAUGCAGCAACUGGUGUCCACUGCAGCUGUCCUGUGGGCUUCAUGCUGCAGCCAGACAGGAAGACCUGCAAAGACAUAGAUGAGUGCCGCUUGAACAAUGGGGGUUGUGACCACAUUUGCCGCAACACAGUGGGCAGUUUCGAAUGCAGCUGCAAGAAAGGUUAUAAGCUUCUCAUCAAUGAAAGGAACUGCCAGGAUAUAGACGAAUGCUCUUUUGAUCGAACCUGUGAUCACAUAUGUGUCAAUACACCAGGAAGCUUCCAGUGUCUCUGCCAUCGUGGCUAUCUGCUGUAUGGUGUCACCCACUGUGGGGAUGUGGACGAAUGCAGCAUCAACCGGGGAGGUUGCCGCUUUGGCUGCAUCAACACUCCAGGCAGCUACCAGUGUACCUGCCCAGCAGGCCAGGGCAGGCUGCACUGGAACGGCAAAGAUUGCACAGAGCCAGUGAAGUGUCAGGGAAGUCCUGGGGCCUUGAAAGCCAUGCUCAGCUGCAACCGAUCUGGCAAGAAGGACACCUGCGCCCUGACCUGUCCCUCCCGAGCCAGGUUUUCACCAGAGUCUGAGAAUGGCUUCACAGUGAGCUGUGGCACGCCCAGCCCCAGAGCUGCUCCAUCCCGAGCCAGCCACACCGGGAACAGCACAAGCUCCAACCACUGCCAUGAGGCUGCAGUGUUGUCGGUUAAACAGCGAGCCUCCUUCAAGAUCAAGGAUGCCAAAUGCCGUCUACACCUGCGAAACAAAGGCAAAAUGGAAGAGGCCGGCAAAAUCCCAGGGCCAGGUGGUGCCCCCUGCUCUGACUGCCAGGUCACAUUCAUCCACCUCAAGUGUGACUCCUCUCGGAAGGGCAAGGGCCGGCGGGCCCGGACCCCUCCAGGCAAGGAGGUCACCCGGCUCACCCUGGAACUGGAGGCAGAGGUCAGAACUGAAGAAACCACAGCUGCCUGUGGGCUGCCCUGCCUCCGACAACGGAUGGAAAGGCGGCUAAAAGGGUCCCUGAAGAUGCUCAGGAAGUCCAUCAACCAGGACCGCUUCCUGCUGCGCCUGGCAGGCCUUGAUUAUGAGCUGGCCCACAAACCAGGCCUGGUAGCUGGGGAGCGAGCAGAGCUGAUGGAGUCCUGCAGGCCCGGACAGCACCGUGCUGGGGCCAAGUGUGUCAGCUGCCCGCAGGGAACGUAUUACCACGGCCAGACGGAGCAGUGUGUGCCAUGCCCAGCGGGCACCUUCCAGGAGAGAGAAGGGCAGCUCUCCUGUGACCUUUGCCCUGGAAGUGAUGCCCACGGGCCUCUCGGAGCCACCAACGUCACCACAUGUGCAGGUCAGUGCCCACCUGGCCAUCAUUCUGUAGAUGGGUUCAAGCCCUGCCAGCCAUGUCCACGUGGUACCUACCAACCUGAAGCAGGACGGACCCUAUGCUUCCCAUGUGGUGGAGGCCUCACUACCAAGCAUGAGGGGGCCAUCUCUUUCCAAGACUGUGAUACCAAAGUCCAAUGCUCCCCAGGGCACUACUACAACACCAGCAUCCAUCGCUGUAUCCGCUGUGCCAUGGGCUCCUAUCAGCCUGACUUCCGACAGAACUUCUGUACGCGCUGCCCGGGAAACACAAGCACUGACUUUGAUGGCUCUACCAGUGUGGCCCAGUGUAAAAAUCGUCAGUGUGGUGGAGAGCUGGGUGAGUUUACUGGCUAUAUCGAGUCCCCCAACUACCCAGGCAACUAUCCAGCCGGCGUGGAGUGCAUCUGGAACAUCAACCCCCCACCCAAGCGCAAGAUCCUUAUCGUGGUACCUGAGAUCUUCCUGCCAUCUGAGGACGAGUGUGGGGACGUCCUCGUCAUGAGAAAGAACUCCUCCCCAUCCUCCAUUACCACUUACGAGACCUGCCAGACCUAUGAGCGCCCCAUUGCUUUCACGGCACGUUCCAGGAAGCUCUGGAUCAACUUUAAGACAAGCGAGGCCAACAGUGCUCGUGGUUUCCAGAUCCCCUAUGUUACCUAUGAUGAGGACUACGAGCAGCUGGUAGAGGAUAUUGUACGAGAUGGUCGGCUCUAUGCCUCUGAAAACCACCAGGAGAUUUUAAAGGACAAGAAGCUCAUCAAGGCCUUCUUUGAGGUGCUAGCCCACCCCCAGAACUACUUCAAGUACACAGAGAAACACAAGGAGAUGCUGCCAAAAUCCUUCAUCAAGCUACUCCGUUCCAAAGUUUCCAGCUUCCUGAGGCCCUACAAAUAGUGCCCGUAGGCCCAGAGACACAGGUUUUGAAGUCCUCAGACUUCUUAGCCCUCGGAGCCAGCAGCCCCCCACCCUUAGACAAGGAACUCUCUCCUGUUUCUCUUUUUGGAGGAAACAAAUAUCACUACACAGACCAGGCACUCUCCCCUUCUUUCUAGUUUCGUUUCCUUGUCUCUCUCUUUUUACUGUUUUUCCCUUUCCUACAUGCUCCCUAGAAAAGCCAUUCAGUGCUGGCUCUAUUCCCCCUAAGGGGAGAAGGAACAGCACAGCCCCUCCACUGCCCAUUUUCCAACUCAUAUCCCUGACUCCAUUAGCUUAGAAGGGUGCUAGAGGCCCAUUAAGGAAGUGGGUCUAGUGGAGAAGGCAGAGGGGGAAGAGGCGCUUCUGCCAUUAUAGGGUUGUACCUUGCUAGUCAGAAGCCAGAAUGUCCUGGCUGUGCUCUCCAGGGUAAUUCUAACAGCCCAGAGUCCUGCCAAAGAAGCCUUUGACAGGUUUAAUACCAACACUGGUCCCCUUGACUCCACACAUACCCAGCUUUCUUAUAUAUAUAUAUAGCUCCUCUCUUCCCCCACAUGUCUGCCUGGGAUAUACUCCAUAAGAGUUUAUGAAUGGCCCACAACACUGGGCUAGUGGAUAUCGGCCAGAUGAGGAAGAGCAACAGGCAUCACCAUGUUGAAUACUGUGCUGUGGCUCCCUGGGAGAAAGACUGUAGCUUUGCAAAACAGAACCAGGUUUUAAAGCAUCACCAAACAAAGAGAACAGAAAGAAAAGAAAAUAUAUGACUUAAAAGACCAGGCAGAACAAUUGGAAGCUAACUCCGAACACUAAUCCCUUUUGUUACAUGUCUUCCCUGGCCCAGCUACCCCGUCAGUUCCACCCAAGUGCUCCCUAAGGGAACCCUACUCCCCUCACUACAUAUUGUCCUUAAAGAAGCAUGGCUGUUGACCUGAAGCCAUCCUGGGCCUUGCCCCACAGCUGUCUUUCCCUUGUAGCCCCAGGUGGCUUGUGGGCUCUACCAAAGAGGACCUGCUCUACAGCCAGUCUGGAGCCACCUACCUCUGGCCUCAGGCUGUGGGCAGCAAGAGGAAUGUAUGUGCACUUGGCAAGCCUCCUGCCCACCCUGUCCACAUCUAAUAAGUGCAAUCAUUUUGAGUCUUUCUAUGUUGUCUAGAGGGAGGGUUUUUUGUUUUUGUUUCUUUUUCUUCUAUUAGAACAACCCUAUUUAUAGCUGCCCAAGAGAAAAGAGUGUAUGUUUGGAGUGGAAGAAAAAUCAGUUUUGAACCUCAUGAACCAUGAGUGCUGGAUCAUCUGAUCAGUCUUUAUUCCACCAGUGACCACCCAGACUCUAGAGCCCUUGGCUGGGGUAACCCAGGGUGAUCAUUCAAGGGCAUCUGAUGUGUAAGAAAAAUUCUGGGGACGUGAUAGAGCAGGAAGGAGAGUGACCUGUGUUUGCUUAACCAAUCCUACUGUUCCUAUGCCUCUCCAUGGAUUCAGCAUAGACCUCAUGAUUGUAGAGGCUAAUGGAAUCAGUUAGUGAUUCUCUAUACCAAGUAGGGAAAACCUUCAUCUUUUCCCUGUUUUCAUCAUGUUUUCUCGUGGUGUGCACAUGGAGGAGGACCAGGACAAAACACCUGCGGAUGGCUGACUUAGGGUCCUGAGGCCAGAAACAAGGCUAUGGGAGGAAAGGACAGUACAGUUAUCAAGACGUGAAGUUGGUGAAAACACCAGAUAUUUGUUUGACCCUGGCCACUUCCCUCUUGGAAUUGACUUCAAACCUAGCUUCCUUAACUACUGCUUUUCUAAAGGAAGAAUCAAGUCCAUGACUAAGCCCAAAGCCUGUACAUAUUCCACCCUUAAUCCAACUGCUGCCUAUAAAAUUAUUUUUCCAGUGGCUCCUUCUUUAAUGGUUCCCUUAAAGCUUAGUCAAUUAAAGGCUACCAGUUGACUUCUCAGGUGACUGUCCCAGGAUACUCCUCCCCCAGGAGACAAUGCUUAAUAAAGGAACCUGACUCCUCACCCUCUUAUCAGUAGCCAAACAGCCUGAGCAGUGGGAAGCCAGUAGCACUGCUAGAUCUCUGGACAUCCAUUAGCCCUUGGGAGUGUAGUGUCUGGCUGCCCAGUUACUCUGGGUCAAAGAGAGCCACUGUAAAGAUGCAAAAUGGCUACUUCUAAGCAGGAGGAAUGGUCAUUUAGUAGGAGUGCCUGUUCUUCCCCAGGAAAUGCCUGAAAAUUGCUUUACUCAUCCUUGACCAUACUAAUUCUAUAUAAGAAAUUAGGAUAUCUUUCUGAUUCCUCUCUCCUUGCCAUUUUGCAUCUCUUUUGGAAAGCCAGUUUUAUGCCUUCAAGGUCUGGCUUCUCCUUUCUCCCUGCCUUUCCUGUCACACCAUACGUACAUAUAAAUAUGCUUCCUCUAAUCAUUAAUUCCAUGGUUUAUGAGACCUACAAAUGAGUUCCACAGUAUGGAAUGUACAGACCACUAGGUUUCUUAACAGAUAUCAAGGCAGAUCUUGGUGAGCAGGUGAAGACCUGCUGUAGUCCACCAAGUUGGAGGUUAAGAACCCAGGCAAAGUUGCUGCUGAAUCUAUGGAGGAAGCUGGCCCUUGGGCGUCAAAUUAGGAGUUAAAUGAACUGAAUGAGGAGUCAACACUCAGGGACUCUUUAGGCCUUUACAGGUCAGAAAGAAAAUAGGUUUUUAUCAGGAAGGAAAUGGGAAGAUGAUGUAAAUAGGAACCCUUCACGAAGCAACCCAGAGGCCUCUCUGCAAGAUGGGAUGCUCGUGGGGUUGUGGUACUGUGAGGCCACAUUCAUCUUAGUACAAAACCUGUUCUGAUCUGAAUCUGGGAAUGGGAAGCCAUUUCCCUGAGGGCUCCAAGCACUAAGUGAUGUAUAUAAGAAAGGCACUUAAUGUCUUUGGCAAUGUGGCAAUUCCUCUUUACUUCUCUGCCUCCCUCUUUCUGUAUUAAUCAGGCUAUGUUCAUUCUCUAAACCUGAAUGAAUUCUCAGAGUCAUAAGAGAACUGACCAGAUCCUGGACUUGGGCUGCCUGUCCCAGGCCUAGAAAUCCCUCAAGGCUGACAUUGAGCUGUGACUGCUCUGACUUUCCCCAGGAUUUGGUCAGUUUGAGGUGGUAGAGACUCAUAUUUGUUGCUGAAAGUUUAGUAAUAUAGUCCUGAUCUUGGCCCUAAUGAAACAUUUUAUGUCUGGGAAGUAUUCCACGUGUAUGUUUUAGCUGACUUUGGAAUGGAUUAGGUCCUAUCUCAAAAUGCCAGAAAACAGAGCAUUCAAAUUUUUUAUAUUUGCUGCUUAACCUCACUAUGACAGCCUCAGACAGGGGGAACAGAUUAACUGACCAUCAGCUAGAAGUGUUAACCUGCUAGUUUUCUUUCUUAAGCACAGUUAAGAGAAAAGUGGAAGUAAACACUACAAAAAGAUCUUUAAAUUUUGACCUGUUUCAAAGGUAGCAGAUCUGUCCUUGGUCCAUUAUUUGGACUAGAAAUCCUUUAAGAAAAAUAUAUGAUUAUAGAGAAUAGAACCCCCAGUUCUGUUAUCGGCUUAUCUAGACAACACAGGUUGUAGGGUUGUAGCAGUUUGGACAAACUGAAAACUUUAUUCUUCUGUUUGAGUUGAAUUGAAGUUUCAGAAAAUAAUCAACAUGUGGGAGGGUUUCUUUUAAUGCAGAAGAAAUAUCAAUAUUGUCUUUAUAUCUGGCUUCCACUGCUGCCGAUAUAGUAAGCAUCUCCUACACAAUCAACAAUAAACAGCAAAUGAUGCAGUUCAUAAAGUAUUUUGCACUUGGGGAAAAAUAUGUAUCUGAAUUUGUAAAAAGAAAUGUUUGGAUUUUGUAUUGUCUUUUCUAUUAUUAUUAAAAUACUAAAUGAAACU